AUGUCGGCUCCUACAGACCCGAGCAAGACCAAUACCAGUUACACUCCUCCUACUGCAGCUGCAGUACCCGAAUCACCAACCACGGUGCGCCCAUUUGAGAUGGACGACGACGAUGUUCCUGAGACGGGCGUCCUUGGUGACGACGGCGCCCGUUCCACCGCCACGAUCGCUCCUCCUUCCAACACAGCCAACACGGCUCCCGCUACCGACGAGCCUGCUCCCGCGAAACCCCCCAGACCUGUCACAGAGCAGCAAAAGAACGAGAUCAUACUGAAAGAAGCAUUUCCCAGCAUCGAUGCCUCGGUCAUCAAAGCUGUGCUGGCCGCGAGUCGUGGCCAGAUCGAUCCCGCCUUCAACGCUCUCCUUGGCAUGAGUGACCCCGAUGCCGUUCAGCAGGAACCUGCAAGCGAGCCUGCUCCUCCCCCUCAACCCCCGCGCCCAACCGGCCGGAGCGCCAUGUCUCAGCUGGAGGCCGACGAGCUCUACGCCCGUCAACUUGCUGAGCACUACGACAAUGCUGGUGCCUACGAAGCGCGGACGACAAACCGGGGCCCAGGUGGCCAGUAUCGACAACAAACUACGGGUUUGAAACCCAACGAGCAGUACGACCGAGAACAUAGCUUCAUAGAUGACGACCUCCCUGUCAUCCGAGAGAAUCUUCGGAAGGGAUUCGUCGAAACCCAGUCCAAAGUCAACACCUGGUUUACCCAACUCAAGAAGAAGAUUGACGGGGAAUAUGAUUCAGAAGAGGACGAGUCGCAACCCUCCAAACAUCAGCACCAUCAGCACCCCGGCGGUCUGGGUAGACGGAGUGGGGAGGGUAGCCGAAGAAGCACAGACUACGACCGCUACGAUGCGGACCCGCAAGUCCUCGGCGACGAUUUUGCGGGAAUGAAGUUGAACCCCGAUGGCAGGCCAGCUCAAGGGCGACAGACCAGCAAUCCCAAUCUCUACAGACCACCCCCGUCUUCAAGUUCCCCUAGGCCUGACAGCCGUAAGGUCGCUUUCAAGGAGGGAGUGGAGGGUAUUGACCCUUAUGAGGCCUCGCCUCGGAUCACCCCGAACGAUAGCAGCGCAACUCCACCUCCAGGAAAGCAGAGCAAGUGGCAGCCGUUGUCGGCAGUCGAGCCAAGUCCCAUUACCGAUAAUGAUCCCUUCAGUCUUGGAGAUAGCGAGGAUGAGAAGGAUUCCAAGGCCGGUCACAAGGAUACCAAGAUGGAGGAUAGCGAAAGGCUCAAGCAGGCUACAGCUGAUGCUAUGGCCGAUAGCUUAGUGGGCUCUUCCGGGAAAUCUGGCGAUGAUUCAGCUGGCGGCAAGAAGUAG